AUGGUACUGUUGAAGCAGACGGUGGCCGAGUCCGCGACGGGGGCCAAGAUCCUGGCUAAGACGCACAAGCUGGCGGACAAGAUCGCGGCGGGCGCGACCAUCGUCGACAGCGCCAUGAGAGAUGAGGAGAGCAUCUUGCAGGAGCAGCUCGCCAAGCAGCAGCACGAGGAGGCUGAGGAGGCCGAGCGAGAGCAGACCCGACUCAGGCAAGAAGAAGAAGAAGAAGCAGACCGACCCGAACGCGCCGAAGCUGAGCGCGUGGAUCGAGCAAUGGGACGAGGCGCUGGCAAGCUCUCCUAUGUCAACAAGCAGACGGACAUGUCCUCCUGGGAGAAACCCCGACGAAUUCUAGCAAUGAAGUAUUACUAG